AUGGUGGCUAUGGAGGACCAUCAAUCCCUCUUCCAACCCCUCAUUGAGAGAAAACCACUCACAAAUUGUGAAACAACGUCGUCUGAUUCCACAUCAAACGCCGGAAUUCUCAUUCGUUUCAUUUCCGUCAUCUUGGUUGUACUCCUCUCAUUAUGGGCAAACCACGAAGCCUCUAAAGGGUUUGACAUCACCGUCCUAAACGAAGUCGUUCGAGAUACCCCCGCCGGCCAGCGCUUCAACCUCUUCUACGUUGCCAACGACAAAAUCACCCGCAUCGUCCUCGACGCCAGCGAUUUCAUCGAGCACCUUCUUUACCCUAGAGACGUCGACAUCCCCAAGAAGCAAAUAAACCGUGUCGUCGUGAGGCUCGCCACCGUGAACCUAACAAAUUCUGCAGAAGGUGUCGUCGUAGAAGAUGACGGUAACUUUGUGGUGAACAUAAGCCCUUCGGUUAUGGAAGAGGCCAACGCUGACCGUGCAUUAUUGGCAGCAAUACGACGUGGUAUGGCCCGCGUGUGGCUCUGGGAUGGCAGAGGGUCAGGUGCUCCGCCGGAGCUAGUGGAAGGAAUGGUGGAGUAUAUAAGGGUGGCAGCGGAAGGGUUUAAUGGCCUGACAAGUGGUGUUGCCGGCGGGAAGUUGCAGGCGGGCGAGGGAUACAUUUGGUGGGGGGACAAGAACCCUCUGGCCGUGGUAAAGUUGUUGUGUUCUUACGAAGGGUACAGCAAGGGCUUCAUUCAACGGCUGAAUAGAGCUCUGAGGGAUAAGUGGUAUGAUCGGGCAGUGGAUGAUGCGUUAGGCAUGCCAUUACAAAGUUUGUAUGGUGAAUAUAAUUUUUCCAAGUCCAGCUAUUGAUCGAGAUUCGAAAGUUUGUGGGUUUAGAUACAGGUUUCUAUUGUAAUUGUAGC